AUUGUAGAAACAAAACUGUCCUGUUCUAAUUGCGUCUCAUGACUCUGACAUUACUUGUAUCCUCAACAAAUUUUACUUGUAUAAUUCAUUUCUGGCCAUGAAAAUGCGGAAUUAACAGUAUAAAUAAAACGGGAAAAAAAUCACAAGGAUCACUAACUGGUUACAUCAACUUUCAAACAAUCUAUAAAUAGAGGGUGGGUGUUAGUGAAGAGGAUAUCUUAAGCAUCAAAAAACAGGGAAAGAAAAGAAAAAAAAAAAAGAUGGAGAGAAGUAGUCAUGACAGAAGGAGAAAGGGAGGGAUGAGAACAAUGCCCUUCAUUUUCUUAAAUGAAAUAUCUGAGAAGUUGGCUGUGGUUGGCUUUAAUGCUAAUAUGAUUAGCUACUUGACACAGCAGCUACACAUGCCUCUAACUAAGGCAGCCAACACACAAACCAACUUCGGGGGAACUGCAAGCUUGACACCAUUGCUUGGAGCCUUUGUUGCAGAUUCAUUCGCGGGACGCUUUUGGACGAUAACUAUGGGUUCCAUUAUAUACCGAAUAGGAAUGACAAGCUUGACUACAUCAGCGAUCCUUCCACAGCUGAGGCCACCCCCUUGCAAAGGGAAGCAAGUGUGCCAGGAGGCCGACGCUGGAGAGCUAGCCAUCCUCUAUGUGUCUCUACUACUGACGGCCGUCGGCGCGGGUGGAAUUCGUGCUUGUGUGGUGGCAUUUGGCGCAGACCAGUUUGAUCAGACGGAGGAAAAGCAAAAUGCUAGAACAUGGAAGUUCUUCAAUUGGUACUACUUUUCGAUGGGUGUCUCCAUCCUUCUGGCUGUGACAGUGAUUGUGUACAUUCAGGACAAUAUCGGCUGGGGGUGGGGCUUUGGAGUCCCAACCAUUGCCAUGUUUCUCUCCAUUCUCAUAUUCAUCGUUGGCUACCCACUCUAUCGAAACCUGGAUCCCUCCGGGAGCCCCUUCACUCGCUUGCUACAGGUGAUUGUAGCUGCCUGGAGGAAGAGAACGUUGCCUACACUUUCUGAUCCCAGAUUACUCUACGAGAAUGAGGAGCUUGAUGCCUCCAUUUCUGCAACCGAAAAGCUUCUUCGCAGUAAACAAUUCAAAUUUCUAGAUAAGGCGGCUAUUGUCACUGAAGAAGACAAUCUCAAAGCUUCACCCACACCAAAUCCAUGGAGACUAAGUACAGUCCACCGGGUUGAAGAGCUGAAAUCUCUUAUUCGAAUGGUGCCAAUAUGGGCUGCCGGGAUCCUUCUCUUCACAGCUUAUGCACAGCAGUACACUUUCUCCCUACAACAAGCUCGAACCGUGGAUCGGCACAUCACCCGUUCCUUCGAAAUUCCUCCAGGCUCCAUGUCCGUCUUUACCAUGUCUUCCAUGCUCAUAACCAUCACCUUCUAUGACCGCAUUUUCGUCCCCAUUGCUCGCCGCUUCACCGGCCUCGACAGGGGCAUCUCCGUCCUACAGCGCAUUGGCAUUGGCUUCGUCAUCUCACUGCUCGCCACCCUCGUCUCCGGCUUCGUUGAGAUCAAGCGAAAACACGUCGCUUCAGUGCAUGGCCUCACCGACAGCCCCAAAUCCACCAUCCCACUUUCAGUCUGCUGGCUCAUCCCACAGUACAGUCUCCAUGGUAUGGCUGAAGCCUUCACGGCUAUUGGGCACCUCGAGUUCUUCUAUGAUCAGAUCCCGGAGAGCAUGAAGAGCACCGCCACCGCACUCUUUUGGACGGCAAUAUCAGCAGGCAAUUACGUUAGUACACUGCUGGUCACGCUUGUGCACAAGUUCAGUGCAGGGUCAGGAGGUUCAAACUGGCUUCCGGACAAUCUUAACAAGGGAAAAUUGGAAUACUUCUACUGGUUGAUCACAUUGUUGCAGGCUUUGAAUCUUGUCUACUACUUGAUAUGUGCAAGGUUGUAUACGUUCAAACCAAUCCAGCUCCACCGAAAGGAAGAUGUUGACUCUCAAGAGGGAGUCGAGCUCACUGGUCCGGUGUAGUUGAAUCUUUUAGUAGAAGAUCUCUGGAAAUAGUUUGGGAUCUUAAUUAUGCUGUAAAUUAAAUAACAGUGCAACCCAAGAUAUGUGAAUGGUGGAAGUUGAGCAA